ACAGUGACACUGCUGUAGGGAGACCCUCCGAUUCUACCCAGGGGGACUUCAUGAGAACCAACCACUUCAACAGACCCUACAGAAACAGAUGAGAGGGAAGACAACGGAGCCCAAGGGAGAUGGUCGCCUUAAGUAGGAACACCCCAGCCUCAGACAGACACAGUAGGAAGGGCUCUGAGAGGCUGAAAGACUAGGUGGGAUGGGUACAAGGCAGAGGGAAGGGGGAGGGACCAGCCCAGUGCACCAGUGGGCGUGGCUCCACCCUUCCCACCUCACAGCCAUGGGGAGCCGGGGUGCUCACAGGCUGCCCCUGGUGCAGGCCCCCUACACAGUUCUGCUGCUGCCACUGGGGACAAGCCGCCAAGACCCGGGGGCUCGGAGCUUCUUCCUCUGGCUGCAGAGGAUGCAGGCUCUGGAGAGGGAGCAGGAUGCCCUGUGGCAGGGGCUAGAGCUAUUGGAGCAUGGCCAGGCCUGGUUUGAGCGCCGUCUGAGGGAGGCACAGCAACAGCAACUGCAUCUGGGGGCCCUUGGUGAGAAUUUUUUGACAGAUUUACACUCAGAGCCUGGUGGCCCCCAGUUCGCCCAGAUUCAAAAGGUGAACAUCUGUUUGCAGAAUCUGAUUCAGAGGAAGUUCUCCCCACAUCCCUUUAACAAGGCUAGUUCCUGCGCCACCAAGGACUGGAAGAGAAGGCCAAGGAAGCAGAACUUGUGGCAUCAACAGGUAAACGGUAGGGGAGUGAGGGCAGGGCAGAGUGGGGGAGGGAGGAGCACAGAUGCCCAGAUUAUUUCUCUCCCCUUCUCCAGGAGUUGUCAAGGCAGCAGAAAGGAGUCAUUCAGCCAAAGAGGGAGAUGGCUCAGCCAGGCUGCCCCAAGGGGCAGAGGGGCCCUACCAGGGUCUAAGGCCUCCUCUCAUUCCCGUCAGUUGGUGACAGAAGAGGCUGAGUCAGAACCCCCAGCCUCCUUAGUCUGCUUCUUGACUCAACAGCUAAAUGGCUCCAGGUGGUGGUCAAACGAAGUCGAAACAUGUUGGUGUAAAGUUUCUUCUCUGCUCCUGAAAACUUCCGUUUCAUCUUCUUGGUGUCUUAUGCCCUCACUCUCCCUAUAUGAUGUGCAUAAAUGAUCUUUCUUUGAAAUCCCUCU